AUCCGGGCUCUAAACCUCAAACGUUCUCUUUCUCUGUUGCUCUCCCGAACAAGAUGUCGGUUCCUCCAAGCUACGACGACCUCGGCAAAUCGGCAAGCGAUCUCUUCUCAAAGGGCUACGGCUACGGCAACGCCAAACUAUCCGUAACAACAAAAUCAGCGAACGGCGUGCAAUUCAAGUCGACCGGCCAAUCAGCGAACGACACUGGCAAAGUGAGCGGCACAUUCGAGACGCAAUACGAAUGGAAGGAGUACGGGUUGACGUUCAGGGAGUCGUGGAAGACGGACAACGUGCUGGCGACCAACAUUUCCGUUCAGGAUCAGCUCGUUGACGGUCUUUCGUUGACGUUCGACACGUCGUUCUGUCCGUCGACCGGCAAGAAGUCGGCGGUGAUCGAGGCGGGCUACAAGCGGAGUUAUGUGAAUGUGAAUGGCGAUGUGGCGUUGGACGUCGGAGGUCCGACUGUUCACGGCUCGAUGGUUGUAGGAUAUGAGGGAUGGCUAGCUGGAUAUCACGGUGGAUAUGAUACGGGGAAGGGUCGUAUGACGGCUAGCAACUUCUCUCUUGGUUACGAAUCGUCCGACUUCACUCUUACAUCAUCCGUCAACAACGGAGAAGAAUUCACUGGCUCUUUGUACCAUAAAGUUUCCGAGUCGAUCGAAGCUGGUACCGAACUGAGCUGGGCAUCUGGCAGCAACACAACAUCAUUCGUUGUAGGAGGCAAAUACAAUUUGGACGACGGAGCUUCAGUUAGAGCUAAAGUGAAUCAUAAAGCCCAAAUCGGUCUGGGAUACACUCAGUCUCUGAGAGAUGGAGUCAAGCUGACUCUCUCUGGUCUCGUUGAUGCUAAGAAUCUCAAUCAGCCGGGCCACAAGAUUGGACUUUCGCUCGAAUGGGAAGCUUAGGUUGUAUGCGUUUGGAUGGACAGUAGACUGAGUGUUUGACAAUGUAACUGUAUUGUGUUAGUCACGUAUCUCCAUCUCUUGGUAUUCCCGUAAUGUGUAGCGCAUUGUUAGGCUGUUCAGUUGCAAGGUGAAUUGAUUACAAACACUUCUGUGUACACAAA